AUGGGAAGACAACGCCGAUGUCUCCUUGGAGGGGGGCUGGGAGCCCUCGCUCUGUCUUCCUGGUUGAUUUUCGCCUCAGUAGGAGACACGAGUGAUGAUAUAUCUCUCAUCAAUAGGGGUGAAGCCUAUUGGCUUUGUCACAGCGGGUCCGCAGGCGUAGCCUGCGGCACCCGCAGAGAACCUUCCCUGAACUCUUCAGGAGUAUACUGCAGGAUUGGCCUCUGCUGCUCGGAUUUAAAUGAUGUAGAGCCUUUUACAUGCAAAGAAGGAAGCUGCAGUCGCCCAGCUGCGGAUGAAUCAGACACGUGCACCUGUAGGAGGUUUGGUGGUAGGUGUGCCUUGGCAAGCGGAGCUUCUCGAUGUGUGGAUCUGCCCCAAAGUGGCCGCCUCUCUGGGGCCGCCUGCGUAUGCGAGUCACCCUUGAUUGCAGACCAGUAUCGCCAAAAGUGUGUGCCAAACGUGUGCAGUGCCGGAGCGUGUGGCCCCACAGACGCGGUGAAAUUCUGCUACCCGUCGAAGGUCAUGACGAGUCCACCGGGGCAGACAAAAUACGAAGCUACGUGCAUCUGUGCCUACGGGUACAAGCUAAAUGGAGAGACACAGCAAUGCUUGCCUGCCCCUAAUGAUAGAUGCAAAAAAGAGGAACCCUGUGGACCGCCCGAAGGUGUGAACACGUGCAGAGAACAUCCAAUAACCGGCAAGUUUAUAUGUACCUGCAGAUCAGGGUUUGUGUUAAACACACGGGAUAACCAGUGCCAGAAAAAGUGCACGGACGUGGAAGCUGCCCUCUGCGGAGAGGCAGACUCUCAUGAUGCGGAGCGGUGCUCUAUGGGCAUCGGGGGGAGGAUAUGUGCAUGUAAGGAGGGAUUUAAAUUGGAUGCAGGGCUCCGAAAGUGCGUAGCAGAUAGCUGUUACACUUCCGCUUGUGGCUGGCAGGAGGGGGUGGCUUUAUGCGUAAUGUAUGAAGGAAAGCGGGCCUUCACGUGCGCCGAUACAUUUCAAAAAAGCGCUUCAGGCGAGUGCCUACCAGAGUGCCCUCAGGGAUGGCAUUAUAACAGGAAACGUGAACUCUGCGAGUUGUCAGCCAACAGUUGUGUUCUGACGGACUGUGGGCCUGAGGAAACAGUGGACUCGUGUCUUGUGGACAAAGACUCUGGCCGGCAAAUUUGCAAGUGCAAAACAGGAUAUGCCUUGGAUACUGUCACAGGGCAGUGCACAUCCCAUCCAGCCUGUACCGCCGACGCUUGUCAGGUGUUUGGUCCAGACGCAGUCUGCGUGUCUGAUGGUUCAAGCGCCUUCUCCUGUCAAUGCAUUUCAAAUUUUAAAACGGUUGGCCAGGAGUCAACUCCUGUGGUGAAGCCCUGUGAAGCCGUAGAAUGCCCUGAUUCCUCUAUUUGCGGGGAUGCAGAGGGAGUUCUGGAAUGUGUACAAACCGCCUAUGGACACAAGUGCACAUGCAGUCCGCUGUAUAUGCUGGAAACAAGAAGUGGCCGCUGUGUUCCCAGUAACAGACUACAGCUAAAAAAGAACGAGGUCCCCAAAGGGUCUCUACGGGUUUCGGCCACCCGCGCUCCCCUUCAUUUCAUAAUUAACGCCGCCCCAUGCGUGUCGGCGGAGUUCAAUCUCACCGAAAGAACUCUCAGCGCUACGGCAUAUCACACGAGUGGGCAUACUCACACAACACUCUUAACAUUACCGUAUCACCCGGGUUCUUACACAGGAGCGGCUUUCACGUUUCGGAUGUCACCUGUCCCUGGAGGAUUUGACAUAUCAUUCGUUUACGAAUUACGUCCAACGCAGCACAUGCAGGUCCUGGAACAGGCAGCCCUUCGGGUAUAUCUAGAUCCAGAGACGCGUCAAGCCUUCCGGGAAGCCGGAGGUGGCCUAGACGGAGCCGUUGCCGCGGUAAACGCCGCAGCCAAACAAAAGCCCUGUGAAGUCGCCUUCAUGGAGGUCGUUCCUGUUGUGAAGAACAGGCAAAGGGCAGGACAAUUUCAAAACCUCAGCAGCCAGUUGAACAAGCUUCCAACAGCUGACGCCAACGCACCUUCCACUAACACAAAGUUCCCAGAGGUGGACCCAAGUAUUCCAAAGCCAGAGGAGCCAGAUCCAGAAACCAUAGACGCACCAGAGUCCGAUACCGAAAGGCUGGAACCACCAGAACCAGAGAUUGAGCUUCCCCUGCCAGACGCCUCACCGCCAGAUCCAACUCUACCUCCAGGAGACACAGAGGACGAAAGCACAGAUACACCAACAACACCACCCCCAGACACUGAUGAGACACCGGAAACGCCUAAUUCUCCUGAAGAUGAGAAGGAUGUGUCUGGAUCGCCAGAGGAAGAUAAGGAUACAUCUGCUUCCGAGGGUGAUGACGAAGGAACGAUUCCACCUUCGGGUUUGGAGACACCGGGUGUGCCUGAGGACGAUGGGUCUGACACGGGAGAUGCACCGAGCACUCGUCCUACACAGAGUGCGAAGCCUGCAACGCCUACUGCUCCUAAGGAUGAGGAGGAUGUGUCUGAUUCGCCAGAGGAAGAUGAGGAUACCUCUGCUUCCGAGGGUGAUGACGAAGGAACGAUUCCACCUUCGGGUUCGGAGACACCGGGUGUGCCUGAGGACGAUAGGUCUGACACGGAAGAUGCACCGAGCACUCGUCCUACACAGAGUGCGAAGCCUGCAACGCCUACUGCUCCUAAGGAUGAGGAGGAUGUGUCUAAAUCGCCAGAGGAAGAUGAGGAUACCUCUGCUUCCGAGGGUGAUGACGAAGGAACGAUUCCACCUUCGGGUUCGGAGACGCCGGGUGUGCCUGAGGACGAUAGGUCUGACACGGAAGAUGCACCGA